GCUUGUGACGCAACAGUUCCUCCAUUUUGUAAGAUUUGAAAUGCGCCGUCUAUACUACUCGGUCAAAGGUCAACAUUUGUGUACAGUGGCCGCCAUAGUUACCGAGGGUUGGCACGGUGUAGAUUUUCGCCCGGACCGUAUCUUUUCCUCGCUUUCUGGGUAGAAUUUCUCCGGUUGCUUGGACGUUUGGUUACAAUAUAAACAUCCGAACAAAAUGAGCAGCAAGUUGGCGGUCAGGCCGUCAAAGAAAGACCGGCCAAAGAGUUCGGGAAGGAGAAAGAACCGAGACGGGACGCCAGACAAGUUGAACGGCUCUCCCAACCAAUCGAACACCGCUAUGGAGGACGAAGAAGGCCCCGCCAAAAACGUCAUAAAUGGAGAAGACAUCCAGGCUUUGCAGAUAAGGGAAGAAGAUCUGACAAAGAUCCGGGUUCCCAAACCCCCUCCCGAGACGGAGCGCACGGCCAGAUCCAACAGGAUCAUGGUCAAGCGACUCCGAGGGCCGGAUGAUCCCGCUCGGAUCAAGUUCCGCCAGAUCACCAUCGCUCGCCCUGCGCCGUACGAUGCACCAAUCAAACCUACCGACUACAUGGGAGCAGGUGGGCCCGGGCUGGACAUGACUGGGGACAUCCUGGCUCACACCAUCCUGGGUUCUGUGGACGACUUCAAACAGGAGGCCAUUGCAAGGGGAGAGGAAGAUGAGGUCCUUCCACCUGGUAUAAACCUGGACAUGACCACCGCCACAUCACCCUCCAUCAAGUAUGAGAAGAAAAAGAAACAGAGGAGGGCACGCAAGCCUGCGGACGACGAGAGCAACGCCCUUCGCAACUGGGAGAACAAGAUGCGAGAGCGCAAGCGCCAGCAGGGGUUCAUCUCCAAACUCCUGCAGCGCUCCACCGACACCCUACUGAUGAACCAGAGCGAGACCUACCGCCAGACCCAGGAGGAGCGGUACCUGAUCGACCGCACCAUGCCCGCCAUCAACUACGGAAAGGGGUAUCGUGUCGGGAGCGAGUUCUGGAAGCAACACGAAAGGCUUGGCGACGACCUGUCAGGCUUAAACAUGACCCUGACGCAAACAGAGAGAGGAUACCCUCCGCCCUUUGAGCACGUGGGCAAGCCCAACUUUGUGAAGAGAGAAACAGGCAUGCAAGGCCUUCCCACCAAGUCUACAGCCAGCUUCCAGUGGGAGCGAUCGGGUUAUCUGAAGACCCGUCAGAAGCAGCUACAGCCAUUUAUGGAGGAGCUGGUCCCAGCACGACCCGAUCUUGACAAUCUGGAGAUCAUCGGGACCAACAAGGGAGUCCUGACUGCCAUCGAUGACGAAGAAGACUUGGAUGAGUUUGAUGUCCCUGGGGACCACAAGGAAAACAUCAGGCCGAUGGAGACAGCAGAUACAACCAACGAUCCUCUAGCAGCCUACCCCGACAGGUUUGAGGAACCAAUUGUUGGACCGGCGAUGAUCGUCGGCGGUCACUACGCCUUGUGGACGGGAGACGACCACUCCGAGAAAGGUGGCGUGGGCAUCUCCUGUAGGAUCGCCUUCGAAGCCAACACAGCGCAGAGAAAGCUGCAGUUCCUGGAGCUGACCAACAACGGAACCACAGCUGUCUACUACAACUGGAGGAAGAUCCCCAUCAAGAACGCCUUCGACUGCAAACCUCUGGACACCGUGCAGCGCUUCUACUUCAACACCAACAGUGGUGUCAUCCUGCCGGGAGACAGCAUGAAGUAUCCGUUUGUCUUCAAGUCGCAGAAUGCCGGGAUCUUCACUGAGCUGUGGGAGCUACACACGAGUCCGGUUCUCUGCGGCGGGGCAGCCAUACAGAUCACCCUCCGAGGCGUCGCAAUCCAAGAUGAUGUGAACAAGGAGUCCCGUGUGAGACUCGAACAGGAGCUUGCUCACAAGGAGGCUGUGUUGGGGGUUACCGACAUCCUGCACAGCAUCCUAGAGGGGGUUCGAACACCGGAGCGGGCACGGUCGCCACUAGAUGCUUACAUCACCGAAGAAGAGAUCUUCCUGAGGAAGAAUGAAGGAGUCAAGUGGAACUUUGAGGCCGUACAGAAGGUCCAAGAGCUGUACAAAGAGCUGUACCCUGAAGAGGAGAGAGAGGCCCAACAGUGGGACCUUUCCCUGGAGAACCUCAAGAAACAGCUCCUUGCAAUCGAGGAAGACGAACAGAGGGAAGAAUUUUUGAAGCGGAUGAACGAUAUCGUGAUGGAGAUGUCCGUGCCGUUGUCUGCUCCAGUCCAGCAUGUGAUGCGCCAGGUGACCUACGAACUCUUGCAGGAUACCAUUGACAACAUGGCUGGGGCUGCUGCCGUCAUCUGUGGUGUGUUGGGGAUGCCUGAGCUCCACACUGAGCCUGUCCACGUGGAGCCCAUCCACAAAAUCGUACACAAGAAGCCGGAGAAGGAAAAAGAACCCGACAAAAAGGAUGCCAAGAAGGACAAGGGGAAGGAUGACAAGAAGGGCGGGAAGAAAGACAAGGAGGAGCGCCCUAAGAGUAAAGGCGGGAAAGGGAAGGACAAGCCAGCUGCCACGCCGAAGAAAGAAACCCCUGCUGCUCACGAGAAAGUUGAGCCGCCGAAAGAGAAAGAGCCACCGGUACCUUCUGUUUACGACAGUGUUGAUCCUGAGUUACGACAGAAGUGGAGAGAGAAAAUGUACGCCCAGACCUACAACUUACUGGAAAAGAUGUUUGACAAAAUGACUAUGGUGUACGAGGAUAUUCAAGAAACAGAGGCUAAAGAUGAAACCCCAAUAGUUUUCUAAGCAAUUGAUAAGUGUUCGUUACUUUCUGUUUUAGUUAACACAGAGAAUUCAACAAUGUUACAUGUAAAUGUAUUCAAUGGACAAGAAAUUCAAUACUACUAUACAUUCUUAUAGAAAAAAAAAUUAUGCAGUUUCUUUAGGUUCUCUACUGUUGAACUGUGACUGUGAA